AAAACCCAACAAAAGCCCUAAUUCUUCAGCGUAACAUUACAAAAAAGAAAAACCAUAACUCAAAACCCCCCAUAUUAUUAAUCUAUUCCAUUUCAUAUACAUACAUAUACACAGACAUACCCAUUACAGAACCCCUAAUUUUAGAGCAGUAGAAAAGAAAAAAAUGGAAGUAGAGACAGUGAAUAACGUGAUGUGCCAAUUCGCAGAUAGAGAAGGGACAGCUUUAGGAGCUCCUUUAUAUCUUCCACAGAAUUCUGGUCCACAACAGCUUCAAUUGAUCGUCAAUAAACUUCUCAACAAUGAAGAGAAGUUGCCAUUUUCUUUCUAUAUAUCAGAUCAGGAGCUUCUUGUUCCCCUUGAAACUUACUUACAGAAAAAUAAAGUUUCUGUGGAGAAGGUACUAUCCAUUGUUUAUCAACCGCAAGCUGUUUUCCGAAUUCGUCCUGUUAAUCGUUGUUCGGCAACUAUUGCUGGUCAUGCAGAAGCUGUUCUUUCAGUUGCUUUCAGUCCUGAUGGGCGACAAUUGGCAAGUGGCUCUGGGGAUACCACAGUUCGUCUAUGGGAUCUUAGUACCCAGACACCAAUGUUUACAUGUACAGGACACAAAAAUUGGGUACUCUGUAUUGCAUGGUCGCCAGACGGAAAGUAUCUCGUGAGUGGGAGCAAGGCUGGCGAACUUCAGUGUUGGGAUCCUCAGACUGGAAAGCCAUUUGGCAAUCCGCUUGUGGGCCACAAAAAAUGGAUCACUGGUAUCUCCUGGGAACCAGUCCACUUGAGCGCUCCGUGCCGUCGGUUUGUUAGUGCUAGCAAAGAUGGUGAUGCACGCAUAUGGGACGUUUCAUUGAGGAAGUGUGUUAUUUCUCUCACUGGUCAUACACUUGCUAUAACUUGUGUGAAAUGGGGUGGAGACGGAGUAAUUUAUACAGGCUCCCAAGAUUGUACCAUCAAAGUUUGGGAGACUACACAGGGAAAGUUAAUUCGUGAAUUGAAGGGUCAUGGCCAUUGGGUCAACUCUCUUGCUUUGAGCACUGAAUAUGUUCUUCGCACUGGAGCUUUUGAUCAUACUGGCAAAACAUAUUCUUCACCAGAGGAAAUGAAAAAGGUUGCUCUGGAAAGAUACAACAAAAUGAAAGGCAAUAGCCCUGAGAGAUUAGUUUCCGGUUCUGAUGAUUUUACUAUGUUUCUUUGGGAGCCUGCUGUUAGCAAACACCCCAAAACCCGCAUGACAGGUCAUCAACAGCUUGUAAAUCAUGUCUACUUCUCACCCGAUGGGCAAUGGGUGGCUAGUGCCUCAUUUGAUAGGUCAGUGAAGUUAUGGAACGGCGUGACUGGAAAAUUUGUUGCUGCUUUUCGAGGACAUGUUGGGCCUGUAUAUCAAAUCAGCUGGUCCGCUGACAGUAGACUUCUUUUGAGUGGGAGUAAAGACUCAACACUGAAGGUUUGGGAUAUCCGGACACAAAAGUUAAAACAAGACCUUCCAGGUCAUGCAGAUGAGGUAUAUGCUGUUGAUUGGAGUCCUGAUGGUGAGAAGGUAGCAUCUGGUGGUAAGGAUAGGGUGUUGAAGCUGUGGAUGGGCUAGAUAAGCAAAUUCAAGAAAUGUUGGCUGGAAUGAUUGAAAUGUCAAAAGGACAAUAGUCUGCAGUUCUCAUAUGAUAUCUGGAGACAUUAAUAUAAGGCACAACGGCAUGAGAACAAGAAUGUAAGUACAGAUACCGGAAUGUUUGGAGAAGAAUCAAACCUAUUUUCUCAUGGCCACUGCAGUUUUGCAACCAUUGAUUAUGGUGUUUACAGAUUGAAGAUUAGGAUUACCUCACCUUUCUAUCAGUAUAUUGCUGUCAUAGCAUCUCAAUGUCUUGACUCUUCAUUCAAUUCCUUUCUCCACCGCUCGGGAAUCAAGUGAACUGUUCCAUCUUCUGGGAUUGCGGUGCAUUCAGUUUAUUUCUCGUUUAGUUCAUUAGUUUGUGCAAUUUUGUUAUUUUUAUGACAGUGUGACCGGCAAUUUCUGGUGAAUGUACUUUGAGAUGAUACUAGAUAUAAUUAUCUUCAUUUCCUUUCCUUA